UUCCUCCCUAUCUGUUUAAACCACAUUAGAUCAGAUCAAUACCAAUCUCUCUCUCUCUCUCUAGAGCACAUUCUCUCUCUUAAAAAUGACAUCGAGGCAGACCUACAGAGUCUGCUGGUGUUUCCGGCGACGAUUCAACGUCACGGCCGCCGAAGCUCCGGCGGACAUCAAGGCAUUGUUUGAUCGGUACUCUGAGAAUGGAGUCAUGGACGUUGAUCACCUCCACAGGUUCUUGAUCGAGUUCCAGAAGGAAGACAACGCCACCGUCGACGACGCUCAGGCCAUCAUCGACCGCCUCCACCAUUUGAAACUCCUCAACAAUCUCUUCCACCGCCGCGGCCUCCACCUCGAUGCCUUCUUCAAGUUCCUCUCCGGCGACUCCAAUCCUCCUCUCUCCCCUUCUCUCCGGGUUCAUCAUGAUAUGACAGCUCCUUUAUCUCACUAUUUUGUAUAUACGGGCCAUAAUUCGUAUCUAACGGGAAAUCAACUAAGUAGUGACUGCAGUGAUGUCCCAAUCAUACAAGCAUUGCAGAGAGGUGUUAGAGUAAUUGAACUGGAUAUCUGGCCGAAUUCCACAAAAGAUAAUGUCAAUGUUCUUCAUGGAAGGACGCUGACCACUCCAGUUGAACUCAUUAAAUGUUUGAAGUCUAUUAAGGAUCAUGCCUUUUCUGCAUCUGAUUAUCCUGUGGUAAUCACUCUAGAAGACCACCUUACCCCAGAUCUUCAAGCUAAAGUGGCUGAGAUGGUCACUCAAACAUUCGGAGAUAUUUUAUUUUCUCCGGGUGCAGAAUGCUUGAAGGAGUUCCCUUCACCAGAAUCAUUGAAGAAGAGGAUUAUUAUAUCAACCAAACCACCUAAAGAAUACCUUCAGAUGAAAGAAGUUAAGGAGAAAGAAGAUGAAACACAGAAGGUAAAGGACUCAGCUGAUGAAGAAGCUUGGGGGAAGGAAGUGCCAGACAUUAAAGCUGGGGUAGCAAGUGAUGAUAAGGAUGAUUUGUCUGAGGAAAAGGAUGAUCAGGAUGAAGAAGAUCUAGAUGAUGGUAAGCUUAAGUCUCAGCAGAUUGUAGCUCCAGAGUACAAGCGGUUGAUUGCUAUUCAUGCUGGGAAGGGAAAGGGUGGAUUAGAUGAUUGGCUCAGGGUUGAUCCUGAUAAAGUCAGACGUCUUAGCUUAAGUGAACAAGAGCUUGAAAAGGCUGUUAUAACUCAUGGAAAAGAGAUUAUCAGGUUUACCCAGAGGAACAUGUUGAGGGUGUAUCCAAAAGGUAUCCGCUUUGAUUCAUCCAACUAUAAUCCACUAAUUGGUUGGAUGCAUGGAGCUCAGAUGGUUGCAUUUAAUAUGCAGGGCUAUGGACGAUCAUUGUGGAUGAUGCAUGGGAUGUUCAGGGCCAAUGGUGGUUGUGGAUAUGUGAAAAAGCCCGAUUUUUUGUUAAAGGUCGGUCCAAAUAAUGAGGUCUUUGAUCCUAAAGCUACAUUACCAGUCAAAACAACUUUGAAGGUGACUGUUUAUAUGGGUGAAGGGUGGUAUUUUGAUUUCCAUCACACACACUUUGAUGCAUAUUCCCCACCGGAUUUCUAUACAAGGGUUGGAAUUGCUGGAGUCCCUGCUGAUACUGUAAUGAGGAAAACAAAGAUAAUUGAGGACAAUUGGAUACCAGCUUGGAAUGAGGAGUUUGAAUUUCCAUUAACAGUUCCAGAAUUGGCUCUGCUUAGAAUUGAAGUUCAUGAGUAUGACAUAUCUGAAAAGGAUGAUUUUGGAGGCCAAACAUGCCUACCAGUGUCAGAGCUGAGAAGCGGUAUUCGAGCAGUUCCACUCCAUAGUCACAAGGGAGAGAAGUAUAAAUCUGUAAAGCUUCUUAUGCGCUUUGAAUUUGUUUGAUAUAAUUGUGAGCCUGUGGUUUUUGUUUUUGUUUGUUUAUGGUUUUUUUAUUUUAUUUUAUUUUAUUUUUAAACUUGUGCGUGAAUACUUAAGCUUGUUGUGUGUAAAAUAUAUAGAAAUAAAAUGUUGGCCAUUCUGUCUGGUGCUGUUUCAACUAUUUUUGUUUAGAACUUGCUAUCGUAGUGUUGCGAGAUUUAAACUGUUGAAAGAGUAUGCUUCCAUUUU